AGUCGUGUUUUGUAUUUGCAGUUUGAGCGCAAUGGCCUUGUUUAUCCGUUCACUCUUGGUCGCUCUGAUCGUGAAGUCUCAAGUUGAGCUACAAGUUGAAGCUUCCAGCAACCACAGAACGGUUUCAUGUGAGCUACAAACAAGUAGUAAGAUAGACGAGUUGAGGCUUAUAGUAGAAAACUACCUCGUCAUUCUUGACGAUGAAGUCAGAAACACACAAGAUCUGGUGAAAGAGUUACAGGGUGCAGUAUUGACCAACCAAGAAAGGGCCACCUCUGAGCAAGAGGAAACACGUCGAAUGGUUAGUGAGUUGCAGGUUGCGGCAUCAACCAACCAAGAAAGGGCCACCUCUGAGCAAGAGGAAACACGUCGAAUGGUUAGCGAGUUGCAGGGUGCAGUAUCGACCAACCAAGAAACAACCACCUCUGAGCUGGAGGAAACACGUCGUAUGGUUAGUGAGUUGCAGGGUGCGGUAUUGACCAACCAAGAAACAACCACCUCUGAGCUGGAGAAAACACGUCGUAUAGUUAGUGAGUUGCAGGGUGCAGUAGCGACCAACGAAACAACCUCUGCGGUACAGGGCAUAAGACGACAGCUAGAACAGCUGCAAGGCUCUCUAUUUCCAUUGGUGCGAGACCUUCAUGUAAGAUUUGCCUUUAAGGAUUGCUCGGAAGUUCUUGCGAGGGGUGUAUCAACCAGUGGUGUGUACACGGUUCAACCUCUAUGCUCCAGUGAAGCUUUCCGAGUAUACUGUGAUAUGGAAACAGACGGUGGUGGAUGGACGGUUUUCCAGAGGCGCCAAGACGGCAGUGUAGAUUUCUAUUUGGACUUUGCUAACUACAGCCGGGGCUUUGGGAAUCUGGAGGGAGAGUUUUGGCUCGGUAACGACAACUUGCACCGUCUGACCGCUCAGGGCGAGUACGAACUCCGCGUAGAUCUCACAAAAUUCGACAACGUUACUGGGUAUGCCAUCUACGAUACGUUCAGAAUCGCCGAUGUGAGUCACAACUACAGGUUGACAGUAGGAGGUUACUCAGGAAAUACAGGAGACUCGUUAUCAGCUCACAAUAACAUGGCCUUUACGACCAAAGACCGAGAAUACGAUGACAGUUCACGUAACUGUGCCGUGUAUCGCAAAGGAGCCUGGUGGUACCGUUAUUGCACCGACUGUAAUUUGAACGGAAGAUACUUCAAUGAGGCCACUUACAACAUAAAAAGAAUUAUGUGGAAUGGCUUUUCGGGAAACCUCUCACUCAAAAGAACUGAGAUAAAAAUUAGAAGAAAACUGUAGUCCUUACUAGGUGGAUAGAAAAAUCUCCUUAAAUAAUCACCUGAUCACUUCAUCUUAUUUAGUUUCUAGUAAUUUUUUUGAACAAUAAUAAUUAUACACUGAAACUUAAAAAAUAAUGUCAAACAUAUAAUUAAAUGUGAACGAACUUUUAAUGCAAUGGAUAAAUGAGGCAUAUAUUAAUGUGCUGGUGCUUGACCAACUAGUGUAAAUCUUUGUUCGGGGUGCCAGUCGAAAGCCAUACGACUGCAGCCGUAUAGACGAUAUGACCUCUGACGUCACUCGAAAACCAUAACAUGAUUCGCGCGCAGACCGCCGGGCAAAAGCUUU